AGCCCAAUAGGAAAAGUAAUUCAGUGAGUAAUUGGGCCAGGCCCAACUGAACCCAACCCAUCGUCAUUGAUACCCAUCUUCUUCAGCAGUUAGAUCUUUUCUUCUCCCCAACAGUAGUAACGGGGAAAAAAAAAAACAGAAAAGAAAAAGAAGCAACCACCAGGCGCCAGCCAUCGCGCAACUGUUCUCAUCUCCCUCUAUCGACAAAGAUGGAGUACGAGAAUAAGCUGGUGCUGGCUCCCAUGGUUCGAGUUGGGACGUUGCCGUUUAGGUUAUUAGCUGCUGAAUAUGGUGCUGAUAUUACAUAUGGGGAGGAGAUUAUUGACCAUAAGAUGCUCAAAUGUGAGCGGAAAGUUAAUGAAUAUAUUGGGUGCACUGAUUUUGUGGAGAAAGGAACAGAAAAUGUGGUCUUUAGAACCUGCAAUCAAGAAAGAAACCGGGUUGUAUUCCAGAUGGGCACUUCUGAUGCUGUGAGGGCUCUAACUGCUGCUCAAAUGGUAUGUAAGGAUGUUGCUGCAAUAGAUGUCAAUAUGGGUUGCCCCAAGUCAUUUUCUAUAAGUGGGGGCAUGGGUGCUGCACUAUUGAACAAACCGGAGCUCAUUCACGAUAUUUUAACAACACUAAAGAGGAACUUGAACUCUCCAGUAACAUGUAAAAUUCGACUUCUGAAGUCUUCCCAAGAUACAGUGGAACUGGCUAGGCGAAUUGAAAAAACUGGUGUUUCUGCUCUUGCAGUUCAUGGAAGAAAAGUUGCAGAUAGACCAAGGGAUCCAGCUAAGUGGAGUGAGAUUGCUGAUGUUGUUUCAGCAUUAUCUAUUCCAGUCAUUGCAAAUGGAGAUGUCUUUGAUUACAGUGAUUUUGAGCGAAUUAAAACAGCAACAGGUGCCUCAUCAGUGAUGGUUGCAAGAGGUGCUCUUUGGAAUGCCUCUAUUUUCUCUCCUGAAGGCAAAGUGCAUUAUGAAGAUGUGAAAAGAGAGUAUGUUAGAAAGAGUAUCUUAUGGGACAAUAAUAUUAAAAGUACUAAGCACACGUUGAAAGAAAUGAUUAUGCAUUAUUCAUGCCUUGAACUCCCAGAGGGGAAGGGUGUAAUCAAGUCAGAAACUUUGGCAGAUAUAGCGAAACUUUAUGGAGAGGAAAAUUAUUAUCAGUUUGUCAAUGACAAUCGGUUUAGAGUCAAAGAAGCACAGAAGAAAAAUUCUAGCACUAGAUGAGUUUUACGUGAAAGGAAGAUUGCCUACUGGUUCCUUGUACUUGUACACCCAAUGCAGCCACUGGAAUCUUGGAGUUGUAUACUUUAUACUGUUCAGUCUGUCACAAAUGUGAAAUGUUGACAGACCUGGACUAUUAUUGAGUUAGAAAUUAGAAAUUGACGUUACGACUAUUUUGCGAAACCGAAAGUAUUAGCAUCUACUACCUUAUUCAAUUUUAGGAAAUUACCUCUUGUAUGCAAAUGCAACAUUGUAUUAGGAGUUUAUACAAAUAUGAAAUUGAUUUGUGCUCUUGCUGUGUG